AUGGGUCUCUUGAGCUUUCUUCUCAUUUAUGUCCUUGGAGGCAUUACUUUACCCCCACUGCUUCUGUUUACAGUGCUCAUUCACAGCUAUUUUGCUCUUCCAACCGUUCAUCACACCAGCAUUCCUGUCACCAAUUCGGAGUCCAUCACCCGCCCCGGGGACGAUAUCGAUGCGAUAAAAAAUGCGCAAGAAAGCCUCGAUAAAAAAUGGUUGCCUCGAGAUGGCCACGAUUCCGAUGUUGCAGCAGGCUACUUUGCGGUCUGCCGAGAGUACAUUCCUGGAGGUGCUGGAGGUAAACCACCAGAGCGAUCCACACCAGUAGGCUCGACAGCAGUGAUUGCGCCGAGCCCUAGUGUUUACCAGAGCAUCUACCGCAGCGUUUUCGAACGGAAGCAAAAUAAUAGCCCGUUGGAUAAGAAGGGUAAUGGUCGGCCCCCGAAUAGAAGCGGCAAUGUAUUUUACGUCGUUCUACGGUACUUAGUCUCACAAUGACACUUGGACUGGGAAUAACACGCAGACCCAAAGCUAAUGACAUUCAGGCACGGCCACCUCAUUCUAUUUGACGACGAUGACCAAAUUGAAGUCCGGCAUGUGGUUUCACUAGCUCACCAUAAUGUGAGUAUUUACUCAGGUGGAGACGAAACACCGGAGGGGGAGCUUUUUAUUAAACGAAACGCCCUGUGCCUUUCUCGCAAAGUAGAUGCAGGGGAACUUACGCCCGAUGGCAAGGCUUCUAAACCGUUCUUUCUGUUUUCCGAAAACUGCUCAGAGAAAGAGGACUUUUACUUUGCGAUGCUCAGAAAUCAAGAGCGACGGCCGGACGCCUUGAACAACCCGCCAAAACCAUUACAACACGACGUGAAGGAUAUAAUUAAGUUGGUUCAAAGACUGCAUUCCUCCGAGGAUCAACUACAAACAGGAUGGCUCAACGCCAUUGUCGGCAGAAUAUUUUUGGCUCUGUACAGAACUUCGGAAGUCGAGGAUUAUAUAAGAGCCAAAAUUACCAAGAAGAUAUCGCGAGUCAAAACGCCCUCAUUCCUAUCUCAGAUUGCUUUGCGAAAUAUAAAUCUCGGGGAGGCCGCACCUGUGUUGAUCAACCCCCGUUUAAAAGAGCUUACGGUCGACGGAGAAUUGAUAGUUGAGGCGGAUUGUCGAUACUCAGGUAAUUUCAGAAUUGAGGUAGCGGCUGUCGCGCGAAUUGAACUCGGCUCUCGAUUUAAAGCCCGAGAAGUGAAUUUGCUUCUUGCGGUGAUGGUGAAAAGGGUGGAAGGCCAUGUCAUGCUGAGAAUCAAACCAUCACCUUCCAAUCGGUUUUGGGUAACAUUUGAAACGAUGCCGAAGAUUGAUAUGUCUGUGGAACCAAUUGUCAGUUCAAGACAGAUAACCUACACUUUGAUUUUGCGACAGAUUGAAAACCGGAUCAAGGAGGUUGUGGCUGAAAGUUUAGUCUAUCCUAACUGGGAUGAUUCACCGUUUUACAAUAGUGAAGGUAAAUUGUGGAGGGGUGGCAUAUGGGCCGAUGACAGAACGACCACACCUCAUGACCCCGAAAGCUUAGUAGCUCAGAAUGGUAAUGUGGAGGAAGUAGAAGUUCUGGAAACGACACAAAAUGAGCCUGUCAUGGCUUUACCACAAAUGGAAAAAAGCCUGAGCAUGCCACAUAUUGAUGCUUCCCCUACACCCACAAUUCAACAGCGGAAAGGCGCGAGGACAGCCAUAAGUCUCACCAAUAUAAAGGCCAAUAGCUCUUCAACUAGCGUCGAAACACAAGCUUCAACGCACGAGAAGCCGAGGGCUCUUCGAUCCGGUUCUUUUGUGGGCACCUCAUCACCAAUAGUUGGCACCGAUAGCGUAAAUGCAGAUGUGUUUAAACCCUCAUCUCCGCCCGAGAAAAAUCAUGCUGCUACUGCAGUGGCGGCCAUGUCGGCCCUCUCACAAGCAACUUCACCUGCCCAGGCACCAGUAGGCUCACCAUCACAAGCUUCACGGCUUGAAACGGUUGUUCACCCUUCGUCAGAAUCGCUUUAUCAACCCUCGGAGUCGGAAUCGCUACACUCGCUACACCAAAUGACCCCCCAACCCCCUGAAUCUAUAUCAGACGUCAGCGGCAGUACAUAUUCUCCUAGUUCAGCAAGCUCUAUGCGAUCAGAAGCCACUCAGGCCAGAUCCUUUGGGUCUUUCCCAUGGGAUCGUCGCCAUGAAGACUCGUCUGGGUCGUCUGCUAAAUCAGCCGAGACGAAACUACUUUCUCUUGCGGCCGUGACCAGUGCCGCUACUACAGCAAAAAAUUGGGGAUGGAGCGCUAUUCAAAGGAAGGGUGACAAUAAAUUGGACGGCACUAUGGAAGAGCCAGAAAAAGGAAGUCGUCCACUUGUUCUGGGUAGGGGACAACCUUUGCCGCCACCAGGAGUGCCGCUGCCGCAUCCCGAUAGAAAAUCAAAAACUGCACCGAUUCCCGUCCCUAAGCGCAAGGCAAUGCCACCGCCAGCGAUGUCUCAAAGGAAUCUGGGCAUCAAUCACCAAUCGAACGAAAGUACUUCUCAUACGCGGACCAGCCCUGUUCCACCGCCGCCUCUUCCAAAAAGGCGCGGCCGAGAGAAUCCAAAAGACUUGAAAGAUACAUCGGAUAGCUUGCUUGUUGUUACUGCGCCAAUCGGAGAUAUGGGGGACUCGGCACCAACAACUCCAAUAGCAGACAACACAGCUUCCUACAAGCAACCGUGGGUUGAAGAUGGCUUCGAAGAGGAUCAAGAACCUGCGGCAGCUGCCCGUGCUAGUACGGGACAAGCACCUCCUCAUUUACCCAGACGCAGAAAUCCACACAGAGUUAUUUCUAGUAGCCCUGAAGAGGACAGCCAUCAACUCCCUUCUUGGAUGGCAGCCCAGGAAGAGGAGGCCAGGGCGAAGAGCACUUUUGUUGGUGAGGAUGGGGGAGUAUAAAUGGGCGUUGGGGCGCAUCGAUUUCGGAAAGGAUUCGAUCAUUAUAGAGCUCCACAGGCGCAUGAAACCAGGAGUUUGGGAAUGUAUAGUAUCUGGUUAUCCUUCUCCAAAUUAUUUGGGCUGCGAGGGGUUUCAGGCGUUAGGGAAGUGAAUUGGUAUGAAUUGGUAUGAAUCGGUACUUAAUCAUUAUGGUAGAUAGAGCAAGUAUACUGGGUGGAGUUUCUGGAAAUUGAGCACACUGGAAUGGGAUGUUGCUUGGAUAACUGCUGGAUACCAGGAGUUCUGAAGCAAUACGUGUACUCGUAGAAACUCGGAAAAUGGAUAGGUGUGUCCACUUACAUGCUGG